CGAUUACGUCGCCGCCCUCUCCCCAUGCUUUCCCCUCAUCAAUGCACCCCUUCCUCGGCUCAAACCUUUCGGAUUCAAAGCUAUGGAUGCUAAGCAUGUAGUAGACGAGGAGCCAGAGCAUGGCACAGGCGCUGUCUCGCGGGUCAUGAGUUCGAUGGCAGAGACAAUGCGUCCCCUUUUGUCUAAGCAAGCGCAGAAAGCCUACUUGGGCACUCUGCUCUUUGCUCUGACAGCUAUAUGCAUGGUUUUCAUCUCCGCAAUAGCGUAUGCGAUCUUCUAUCACAACUUCAUCCCGCAGGUCGGGCUAGAGCGCAUUGUUCACAUGCAGUUCGAGUGCGUCAAAGACCCAAGUGAUGGCCAUCCCUGGGGAGUCGCGUCCUUGGGUUCGGAUUUGGUAUCUCUGCAGAUGUAUGAUGUGCAGGUAGAACUUGAGCUACCGCGGACCCCCUCGAAUGUUGCUGCUGGCAAUUUCAUGCUGGAUCUGGCGCUCUAUUCUCCGCCGUCAGCAUCUGCAGAGACUGGGUUGAAUACGUCGACUCCCCUGCUCUCCCAAUCGCGCCGCUCUGCUAUUCUCACUUACGCCUCCCCUCUGGUCGACACAGCGAACAAGCUGGUCUUGAUGCCAUUCUAUGUGCUUGGAUGGAAUCGAGAAGCAGAGAAGUUGCGGGUCGCCAUGCUUGAGAAGGUCCAAUUCCCCCGUGGACAACGUAACGUUCCGUCCAGCUUGCGCCUUGAAAUUCAUAGUGCGGAAAAGAUGCAAGUUUACAGAGCUAGGGUGAUGUUCAAGGCGACAUUCACUGGACUACGGUGGAUCAUGUACAAUUGGAAGCUCACGUCCUUUGUCAUCUUUGGCUUCAUGUUCUGGAGCGUUUCCAUGGUGACUGCAGGAAUGAUGUGGGCUUUACUGGCCAUCGUCUUCCACCACCCGAAGGAAGAAGGAAAAGAUGUCGUCGUCAAAACAGAAAGCGGCAGCGAAGCAGUUGUCAAGUCUGAAGAUACUGACGAACCAUCGUCUCUAUUUGAUGUUCCUUCCGAGACUUCUCACAUCAGGGGUACGUCGAUCAAGAAAGAGGAAGAUCUGGACGAUGAGGGAAGCGAUGCAAUUGAAGAUACGGACGAGGAUCGUGGCGCAGAGUCCUCGGAUGUUUCAGGGAUUGGAACUGGACUCGAAAGUGCCCAUGCACAAGGGAUUCAGCGACGACGGAGUCACCUCAUCAGGGCACACUCCUAGCGAUGAUCAUAUUCGCUCGUGUAAUAAUUAGUCGAUACGCAGACAUGUGGCUUAGAUCAAUAUGGAUGCGAUGUACUGCAAAGCUGGAUUGAAUUGGUUCAUGAUGACCAUGAUCCAUAUGAUUGUUAAUUAGUUAUCGAUAACGAGACAAAUCGGAGCGGCAGGUGGAGCCUGGUUUCGCAAGGAACGAC